ACAGCCGUCAUUGCACCUAAAAUUGAUCCGUCAAUUCCAAUUCCAAAGAGACCUAAAGAGAAAACGGAUCGGGAUUUUAUAGAGCAAGUCCUAAGAACAUUUCCAAGCAAAAGAGAAGCCCAAUCAUAUAUCAAUCGCUUCAAGAUAUCUCUUUCACCUGCUGAAAAUGAACAUCAUCAACAAAAUAUUCCCGGACAAGAACAAAGUGAGCAAGAAUCAACAAAAUCAUCUAUUCAACAAAAAUCGCAAUUUGUCGAUUCUCUUUUUACAUCACGUUUUGAGCACGUUGCUUUAAUUAAGAUUCAAGGACCCCUCCCCGCUUUAGACAUAAAGUCAGUGGCAAAAACAUUGGUUUACCUACAGAAAUUGGGAUUGAUGUCAAUCGUGGUCUUAGAUAAUGAUGAAUGGAAAGAGAUGUUGAAGGAAGGGCCCUCACGUUUUAAUGAGUUGCGAAGAUGGAUGGUGGAUAAUGCAGCCAGUAUUAGUGAUGCGAUUGAGAACGUUGGCGGAAGAGCUGUACCUAUAUAUAAUGGCGUGUUUACCCUUACAAAUGGCUCGGAGAAAGAAGAUAAAAAACCAUAUCGUCACCGAUUUCCAAAACGUAUUCUAUUAACUGACGUUGGAGCGCGGGUCAACGUUUCAUUAUGUUUGCUCAAAUCAUGCUUGAGAUUAGGCCAAAUUCCUCUCAUACUUCCCAUAGCUCUUGAUGGAUUGUCAAUGCAAAGAGUAAUUUCUCCGAACACCGGAAUCGUAGAGCUAUCACGCGCCUUGUCCGAUCAAUCUAAUGCAAAUUUGUUGGAAUUGAAAACACCACAGAUUGAACCCAUGAAAAUUAUUGUCAUUAAUUCGGAAGGCGGAAUACCGUCUGAAGAACGUCGGGGUUCACAUGUUUUUAUAAAUAUUCAACAAGAGUACGAGGAUAUCAUACGAAGUUUUAAGCUUAACCCACAAUGGAAAUUUACACAUCCUACGAGCCUUGAAAAUUUCGAAAUGAUUAAAACCUGUCUGGAAAAACUUCCGUCCACUACGUCAGCAAUUAUGGUUCCAGCUUUCUCUCCCGCUGGCUUAAUAUCAAAUCUCAUCACAGAUAAACCAUUAUUUUCGUCUUCUUUACCACUUGAGGCCUCAUCCACUCAUUCAACCUCUACUACCGUCUUAAGAUACGGUGCACCCGUGUUUUUUCAUGAUUCAUUAGAUACCGUCAAUAUAUCGUCAUUGAAAUACCUGAUUGAGAAAUCAUUUGAGCGCAAAUUAAACUUUGACAAAUACCUUUCUAGGGUAAAGGAUUGCAUAAAUAAAAUUAUUGUCGUCGGAGACUUUCAAGGGGCGGCUGUGGUUACUAUGGAAAAAGUAGAAGCGGACGAGAAAGGUAUACCUUACUUGGAUAAAUUUUCUGUAGCACCCAAUGCCCAGGGCACAGGAACCGCAGACAUAUUGUGGAAGCAAUUGAAGAUAAUGCAUCCAAAUUUAAUGUGGAGGUCGAGGGUUGAUAAUGGUGUUAAUAAAUGGUAUUUCGAAAGAUCGGACGGAUAUUUUCGAGUGCCAGGUACAAAUUGGAUAAUGUUCUGGUGUGGUAUGGAAGGGAUUUAUAGGUUGAAAUCUUACAUAGAAGUUGUUCAAAGCAUACCGCCUUCCUUUUUUUAA